AAUGAUAGUAUUUGUCUCUUUUUGUUUUGUCAUUGUACUCUGACCUGGGUAACUACGUCACUGAAAUUAGAUGAAGGGUUGUUUACAGUCGUGUUCUCUUUUAGUGCUGAUCGCCAGGCCUGAACUGUUGUGAACAGCAGAUGGCGCUCUUAAUGCAUCAGCUCUGUGCUGCGCUGCUCCUUAUGGAGUUUGUGCCGCUACUAGCUGCAGCUGAAAGUAGUUGUCCAUCCUAUGCUGGGGUCCCGGGCACACCGGGACACAACGGCAGCCCUGGCAGAGAUGGAAGAGACGGGUUUCCUGGACCAAAAGGGGAAAAAGGAGAUCCAGGAGUUGGUGCACAGGGACCCCCAGGGAAAAUAGGACCACCUGGUGUUGCUGGCCCUAAAGGAGACAAAGGGAAUCCAGGUACACCAGGCACUGGUGUUCAAAGCGCGCUAGAAACACAACUUAAAUCAGAUGUCAAAUACCUAACAGACAGACUCACUAUCGUUGAGAAAGUCCUAGGAUUUCGCACAUUCAGGAAAGCGGGACAGAAAUAUUAUGUGUCUGAUGGGCUGGUGGGAAAUUUUAAACAGGCACAGAAGUUCUGCUCUGACAAUGGGGCUAAAAUUGUCCUGCCAAGAAGUGAAGAUGAGAAUAUAGUGCUAACUUCAAUGCAGGCUGCCCUUGAGUCUACUUACGUAUUUGUUGGUGCAACCGACAUAAAAAAAGAAGGACAUUUUGUGGAUAUGAGUGAUCAACCAUUAACUUUCACCAACUGGAAGGAAAAAGAGCCGAAUGAUUAUAAUGGAGCAGAGGACUGUACAGCUGUUUACAAAAGUGGUGUGUGGAAUGACAUUAACUGUAAUUCAGAGUGGCAUGUGGUGUGUGAACUGUGAAACAGAUUGUGAAGCUUUACAGCUCUGAUGUUUGAAUGAAAAAUAAACAAAAUCUUAUAAACAGAGUGGAUUAGCCACAUAAAAAAACAUCAAUUAAUAUUCUACUACUAUUAUAAUUCAGGUAUGUUCUGCAAUUGUUUGAAGUUAAAAUGUCUUAAUAAAUUUGUUUAUUACAAACAUG